AUGCAGUACUCCGUAGUUAUCAGGUCUAUCAUAGUAAACUUGAUGUAUUUGAUACAAGAGUGCACUAAACCCUUUUUGAUUUUACAAGAAAAUCAAAUACCUAGUACAGUUACAGCUGGUACAGUACAGGACAUAGUGUACUGCCACCACUCAGGUAGUCUAUACUUAGCGGGCUUUGCAGAUUUCUUCCCAACAGCUCCAUCUGUUCUCCAGCAAAGACGGUCCAAAGCUACACAAGAGCGACAGAGAAUUAAGUCCAAAACUGAAGCUGAAUCGACCCUUGAACUGUCCACUGGCCCUUCCAAUACUGAAAAUUGCGGGGUGACUCGGGGAUCAACAAAUGGAGAAAAUACAGAAGACGGAAGUACAACAGUGCCGCAAGACGAUCCCUCCAUAUCGUUUAGCGAUGCCAAUGGUGUUGGAUCCGCGAGUACAGCAAGUACACGCUCCUCUGCUUGCAGUUCUAACCUUCAGGCCGGGAACCUGAAUGGAAAUGGGAUGCUUUCAUAUGCACUUACGCCUCUAACGAAUACCGAGCCAUCUCCUCCUUGCAAGGUCACGAGUCCGCUGCGGUCAAGAUUGCACUAUUCUGAAGGAGAACUAGAAGAAGCAGACCGAAAAGACAGCAAAAGAGAUAGCAGAGUGGCUAUUACACCCCAGCAUACCCCGCCCACUCCUCAGUCACAGACGCGUCCCUCUGGAAAUAAUGUUAAGGGUUGUAAAUUGAUUUAUGACCCCGAUCUUGACAAGAAACCCCCAACGAAAGAGAGAAAAAGGAAGGCUCAAUAUGUUGAUAUUAUCGUCACUGAUGAUGAGCCACCGCCCCUUGAUCCGCGGCGUACAAUUGUCAACUACACUCGAGGAGCUGCUAGCAAACAGAAAACAAAAUAUCGACCGUCUCCCUAUACAUUGCGACAUUGGCCGUAUGAUGCCGCGACAUCCGUUGGGCCCGGCCCGCCGACGCAGAUUGUGGUCACUGGUUUCGAUCCAUUAACUCCAAUCGCUCCAAUCAGCGCAUUUUUCUCGAGUUUUGGAGAAAUCGCAGAAAUAAACAACAGAACUGAUCCUAUCACUGGAAGAUUGCUUGGAAUCUGUUCUAUAAAGUUCCAAGAUGCCCCGGCCUUCAGAAAUGGCGGUCCAGUGUCAGCAACAAGUGCCGCGAGGCGCGCGUACUACGAAUGCAAGAAGGAGCAGCGCAUUGGCACUCGCCGGAUUCGGGUCGAAUUAGAUCGCGAUGGUCUUGUAUCCCAACGUAUGGUUGACCGAGCGAUUGAGUCUUGGCGGAAAACUGCAAACAAUGAUAUUUCGUCUGUUGAUGCCGAUAAGCGCGAGCUUCAAUUGAAGAAGAAUGAACCUCCGCCAACAGCACCAAAGGGUCCCUCUGGGCGGUCAUCCGUCCGUUCAGCAUUCAACCCCCCAGAGGGACCAAGGGCUGCACUGAGACCCGCUGUACCGUCUCUCGUCGAGGAGACUCCUAUUUUGGACCAAAUCAAGCGGGAGCCAUACAUAUUCAUUGCGCAUUGUUACGUCCCGGUUCUCAGCACAACUGUACCUCACCUGCAGAGACGACUCAAACAGUUCGAUUGGAAGGCUGUUCGCUGCGACAAAACAGGAUACUACAUCAUAUUCGAGAACUCUAAGCGUGGCGAGGAGGAAGCGCAACGGUGCUAUAAGAUGUGCCACAUGACUCCAUUAUUCACGUACAUCAUGAAUAUGGAGAGUUAUCCUUAUGGGAAUCCCAACUACGUACGCAGCCCAAGCCCCGAACGAGUUAGGGCAGAGCAACGAGAAAAGGCGGAGAAAGAGAGACUAAGAAAGGAGGAAGAGCUAGAUAUUGAAGAGGAAAAGAAACAACGGGCAAACGAUUUAGACCCUUCAAAGGAAGUAUUGAGUAUCGUUGUACGCGAGCUCAAGGACAAGCUGUUGGAAGAUGUCAAGUCGCGUAUCGCUGCGCCGGCUCUAUAUGAUUAUUUAGAUCCAGAUCGGCAUGCCACCAAAAGGCGAAAUCUGGGAAUUCGUGAUCCCGAGGGAAGCAGACGCCAUCCGUUUCAAAUUGAUUCAACAGACGAGUCUCUUACUGGAACGCGGGACUCUCCAAGUGAGCUGCCAGGGGACGGUCGCCAGCCCUUUGGUUCUUCUCAUUUGAACAUCCUCGCGCUUCCACGAAUUCGGAAGGCUCACGGUGUCGGUCGCGCCAAUAUCGCUUUUCUGGAUGAAAGGCGUAAGCGUCCUCUGCGCAGGCGGGAGGUUCGGCCACUAUAUCAUCGCCUACAGCAGCUACACGAGGAUGGGGAUUCGGAUGAGGAUAUACGGACCCCUUUCACGAGGUUUACGGACGAACAAGAAAGUAGACCUCCUAGUCGAAUGAGCCUUGUUUCGUCAGAGUCGGAGAACGAUGAUGAGUACGGACAAGGCCCAAUUCAUACAUCUUCAGUUGCCAACAGCACCGCCGAAGAUGUUGUUUCUGGUGGCAUAGAUUUUGGGGACAGUGGUGUCUCCCAGGAUGCAUCAGUCAUUGAAAAUCUCAAGCAGGAUGCGUCGCUUUCUUCCCGUAAGAGGAAGAGACUUAGCAGGGAAAUUGAAGCACGCAAACGACAGAAAGAAGACGACGAACUGUUCGGCAUCGAACGAAGGAGCGAAGGGCCCGGAACGCUUCCUAAUUCGAAUCUCGAUGAUGUAGAGAUUCUUGACGCAGAAACUGAUAUAGGAACACGACUAAAGAAAUCUAAGUCAGGGAAGGAAUCCAGCAAGCAAGUGUUUGAGGAUGGACAAGUCAUGGAUGUUAAAGAACUGGAGGUUGAUACAUCUAUACACGACAACGAGGUGAUCUAUGCCCAAGACGAAACUUUCCAAGAGACCGACGUGUUGAGACGAGAUGAGAUUAAACCAGAGGUCAACUGGGAAGUCUCACAUGAUGAACCUCGUUCGACGGUGGAUGAUGAUGAGAGCGUGAUCUUGGAUCUGGAUGGAUGGCAGAAUCUGAUUAAAGACGAUGAGGAUUUGCAUUUCCUUAGAGAUGUAUUGGCAGAACAACCAAUGUCGAGAGUUGGAAACUUGACAGCAUGGGCCUGGAAGCAAAGAGAGAUCAAAGCACUUAAUCGACCUGGGGAGAAGGGUCCAGUUCGCGCUGAGACAAGGAUUCACGGCUAUUAUGUUCCGAAUCCAACGGGUUCAGCCCGUACAGAAGGGAGGAAGAAAAUCCUUGAGUCCGAGAAAUCUAAAUAUCUUCCUCACCGGAUCAAGGUCCAGAAAGCUCGUGAAGAAAGAGAGGCGAAAGCCAAAAAUGAUCCUCAAGCGGUGGCUGCUGAAGCUGCAAGGAUUGCUAAUGCCAAGACGAUUUCCAAGUCGACGUCUCGAUCUACGAGAGUCAAUAAUCGUCGCCUUAUCGCUGAUAUUAAUGCACAGAAACAGGCGCUUCCCACACAGAGUGGGGACAGCGAUGUUUUGCGCUUUAAUCAACUCAAGAAACGGAAGAAACCAGUCAGAUUCGCUCGAUCUGCAAUACACAACUGGGGAUUAUACGCAGAGGAGAAUAUUUCUGCAAAUGAUAUGAUCAUUGAAUACGUGGGCGAAAAAGUGAGGCAGCAGGUUGCAGACAUGAGGGAAAGGAGAUAUCUGAAGAGCGGAAUUGGAAGCAGUUAUCUCUUUAGAAUUGACGAGAACACAGUUAUUGAUGCGACAAAGCGCGGUGGCAUUGCGAGAUUCAUCAACCACAGCUGCACUCCAAAUUGCACCGCCAAGAUUAUCAAGGUGGAUGGCAGCAAGCGAAUUGUUAUAUAUGCUCUGAGAGAUAUCGAACGAGAUGAAGAACUAACGUACGACUACAAAUUCGAAAGAGAGUGGGACAGUGACGACAGAAUUCCUUGCCUUUGUGGUUCCGCUGGUUGUAAAGGUUUUCUUAAUUAG